AUGUUGCAUAGCUUCAGACGCCUGGACAGGCUUGGACGUGGCAUUGGCACUUCGCGCAUGUUGAAUGCAGUGUUCACGCGGAGGCAUAUCCUGGUUGACACCGGCCGGUACGCACAUUCUGCUACCGGAUCUCGAGAAAUUGCCAGCUCGCAGCACAAACCGAAGAGGUCUCCGAGUCCCCGCGGCGUCCGGGCCCCACGGGCCACCGAUAGAUCACUCCCCAGCAUCACCACAGUUGACCAGACGAAAGUCGCGCGUGAAGACUGGAUAUCCUGGGGUGGAAAGCUUUACUGUCGGUUCUCCGUGAAGUACUCGGACGGCGAGAGAGAGCGCUCGAAGUUUGGGAUCAAAUACCACCAAGCACGAGAUAUUGGUUUCAUGCGUUUCCCAGCACACGCGCAUGGCUUCCUCUACUAUCAUCCUCCCAACAGCGACGUGUUCGUCCCCGAAUUCAACGAGUUCGACGUGGGCCAUAUACGUUUCCGCUGUCUUGCCGAUCCCGAGACGCCGUUCCAAGAGGGCCAAGACCUACUUCUGCCUACCGGCGUGCCAUGGCAUAUGUCUGGCCUCCGUUUCGUGCGGAAUGUCGGGAAGCCAUUGUUCAAGCUCGCAUUACAAGCGGGUCUUGUCACGCAGGAUGAUCUGGCCGCAUGGUCGCCUCUCAUGCAGCCGUUCUCUCAUCGCAACAACCCAUCUCACAGAGCACGACAUAUACACAGCUUCAGCCAGCCAUUUGCCUUGCACCUGAACAGUACAGAGAAUCAUGUUCGAUUCCUCGGAACGAACCCAGAUGGCGAAGACCAUAGCAUCAAACUCUAUAUUCGAACCGGGAUCUUCGGCAAGGAGAAACCCGAAGGUCUGGUCAAGCCGUGUCAUACGAACGGCGUGCUCGUGUGUCAUCUAGAGGCCCACUCCUUCGACGAGCAGGGAGAGCUGAGCUCUAUUGCCUUGCGUGUCGAUCGGGUCAUAGAACCUGCGAGACAGAUUCCAGGUCUACCCGUCACGAUACCGCAACCUAAAGCAGGGGAGCUGCUACAAUGGCCUUACGCGUACCGAGCACCGGGUGCUGGGAACCGGGUGUACAAGCUUGACAUCCGUCCGUGGGAAUUAUCACUUCACCACCAUAAUACGAAUAUCCUUACGCGCGAAGGUCUGCGGAAGCUACACAAUGUACAACGUGCGGGAGAGGAGAAGAAUGGAUAA